GUUUACAUUUAUACACCUGAAGAGUUUUAUCAAAGAUAUUUUAUAUAAAAAUAAAAUAUAAUAUAAUUCAAUAUGACAUCAUGUGCCGCAGCAAAAUCCCAGUCAGCUCCAUGCAAAAUGGGGAGAAAAUUUGUCGUCGGGGGAAAUUGGAAAAUGAAUGGCACAAAAAGCCAAAUAAAUGAAAUAUUAUCUUUCUUAAAAACUGGACCUUUGAACUCGAAUACCGAGGUCAUUAUUGGUGUUCCAGCUGUUUAUUUAGAUUAUGUACAGUCAAAUAGCCCAGCAAACGUUCAUGUUGCCGCUCAGAACUGUUACAAAGCUGAAAAAGGAGCGUUUACUGGUGAAACCUCUCCAGCUAUGCUGAAAGAUAUCGGUGUGAACUGGGUGAUAUUGGGACAUUCCGAAAGACGUCAAAUUUUUGGAGAAAGCGACGAACUAGUAGCGGAUAAAGUGGCGUUUGCUCUCAGCUCCGGAUUGAAAGUGAUAGCUUGUAUUGGUGAGACUUUGGAUGAACGCGAGGCGGGUAAAACUGAGGCCGUUGUGUUUAGACAGACCCAAGCUAUAGCCAAUAAAAUUAAAGACUGGUCCAACGUUGUAAUCGCUUACGAACCAGUAUGGGCUAUUGGUACCGGUAAAACCGCCACUCCGGCACAGGCUCAGGAAGUGCAUAAAUCACUCCGUGAUUGGUUUGCCAAGAACAUCUCUAAAGAAGUGGCAGAUUCCAUUCGAAUUCAGUAUGGCGGUUCGGUAACUGGCGCCAACUGCCAAGAAUUGGGUUCCCAACCGGAUAUUGAUGGAUUUUUGGUCGGUGGUGCUUCGCUGAAGCCCGAAUUUGUGAAUAUCGUAAACGCAAGACAAUAAAAACUUUUUUCUUUUAUGUAAACAUGUCCUUAUUUAUUCCGCAAAUUUUUAAAUAUUUUACUUAAAUAUGCAUCUAUUUUACAAAUAAUUUUUCUUCAAAAAUACAAAGUAUUAAAUAAUACUCCUUUUUACUAUAUACAUAAAUAUGUGGAAUUCGUUUUGCAAUAUUAAAUAUUUCAGUUUUUAAAUGUGUAGAAGUCGUAUCUAAUUUUUACUUGUUAAGUUUUCUGUCAAAGAAAAUAAAUAUUUAUUAUUUUGAAAAAUAAAA